GGAAGAAAAAAAAAGAUGAGGAGUAGAUUUAAAAGGGGCCCAAAUUCGCACAUCAACCAAUCGCAAGUGAAAGUGAAAAUGCAAGCAGGAAAUAGACUUGGAUCGGGCAGGCAGAAGCUCGGGCAACACUCCGGCACCGAUCACUGGGUUUACGCAACGACGAACAUGGGAAGCAAAUUUUCAAAGAUCUGGCUUUUCAGGGGAAGCGAUUUUUCAAAGGACGGCUGUUUUCACUUCCCAACCAUGGACGAGCGGAAUCUGGGCACUUUGAGGAACUACUUGUGUAACUACAACCCUCCUGAGGGCUGUGGGGGCUGUAUAAACAUCCUGCUCUUUGGCAUGGUGGGGGCUGGGAAAUCGUCCGUCAUCAACACAUUCCUUUCUGCUCUGGAUCCACAAGGAACGACCGUAACCUGUGUUCCGACAGGAAACAAUCCCGGGUCUCUCACACCAGAGCUCAGGUCCUACGGAGCAGGGAAUUUAAAGUUUUGGGAUUCAGUUGGAUGGAAUGCUCUGGAGAACCCUGAUCAGACAAAGAGAGUGUUACAGAUGAUCCUGGAAGGGAGAGUUCCCAAAGGAAUGAAAUUAAACAGUUUCAACCCUGACUCGGAUGUUGCCAACUAUCCUGUUAUUCCGGAAAAUGUAAUUCACGGUGUCGCAUUCAUUUUUGACAUGAACACUGUAGACAGCAUCAGUGAGGAACAAAUAAAUGCAUUUAAGGAGUUACAGACAAUUGUGGCACAGAAAUAUAUUUACAGGGUUGUGAUUGGGACCAAGUUUGAACUACUAGGGAUACAAGAGGAUGACCAUGAGCAAAUUUAUGAAUACAAGCCACUGCAGAACAAGUUUACGAUGUUGUCAGACUUGACUGGGAUGGAGAAGCGUUCCAUGUUUGUGGUUUCGAAUCAAUGGAGAGGUGAUCAGAUCGAGAUGAUCAAAUGCAUCCUUGCCCUGUCCGCUCUGGAUAAUAUGAUCAGAAACAUCGACAAGUUUCUCAAAGUGACGAAGUAAUGGCUACACCUGACCUUGUACAGAACUGUUGAACUGAUCCUGUUUCAGGAGCAUAGUCAACGUUUUAGCCUGCUUUAGAGGCUCACAUCUGUAAAUCUGUUGUGUGAAGGAGAUUGAAAGCUGAGGACUUUUCAAUUAUAUAGAUACAAUGUUUCAGAACUUCACACAAAUUUCCUGACUCCAAAAUAAAGACAGUUUGAA